ACUGGCCGGCGGCAGCGGCGGCGGCGGCGGCGGCGCGUGCGUCCAUUGUUAGUGCUGUCAGUGGUCGUCCGGCGGUUCUGAGAGCAGCAGUGCGGAGAGUGCAGGGUCAACGCUCAGUCAGUCAGUAGGAGGAGGGAGCAGGCGGCUCUGCAGGCGACAGUGCGAACAGGACAGCAGCCACAACCGUUGUAGAGGCGGCAGUGCGGAUUGAAGAUGGCAGUGGAAGACUGUGACUGAGACUGUGACUGAGACUGAAGACUGCUGACUGCAGGUUGGUUUGAGGACGCAAAAAGCCCAGCUUCGCGCGACCUUUGAAAGUGUCUGUUACAGCGAUUGAAGCGUGGAACAACAGACCGCGGAGGCUCGCAGAACAUGUGACUGAAGUAGAGGACAAUACACCGCAUCCCGGCAAUUAGGACAGUGAAUUGGUGUUGUCGGUUACACGCUCCCAAAGGUCGACAGCCUGAAGGUCGUAGUCUGAGUAGGCCAAUGUUUCCACGGCACCAGUGAAUGGGACACGCUCGAAAAAGAGCCUGCUGCUGCUAGCUGUGACAGUGAGAAAAGCGGUUUGUCAAUGUUGUCUAAAUCACAUCACUGAAGAAAGGCGCGCUAUAUGAAGAAGAAACAAGUGUUUCAGUGAAGUGACUUUGUUUGUGGAUUGGAGCUCAAAACUUGGGUGUCAUAAACAGUGGUCAAGAAGAAAAAGCCUUCCGCAUCUGCGAUACCCCUUUUGUACCGGGAAGUGAUCUUUUGAGAAGAGCAGGUGUGCGUAGAGACCUUGAAGAUGAUUGUGCGAGAGAUUCUGGGCAUUGCCUUCGUGGCCAUUAUAUGCAAAUCGGCACCUCUCAAAUCCGCAUCUGAGGGCAAGUGUCGUGCUGGAGACUCCAUGAAGAGAGGCUGCAACGACUGCUUUUGUCUGGCGGGAGAAUGGGCCUGCUCGCUGAAGGUCUGCUACGGUCCAAAAGAUUUCGCUCCGGUGUCGUUCUUGUGCAAGGCCGUGCCGUUUAUCAGCGGGUGCAAAGACAAAACGACUCCCGGUGGCCAGGAGACCCCAACCUCUCCGCCGCCCACCCAGCAGCUGGAGAGCAACGCCACGUCGACGGGCUCAUCCACGGCCAUCGUCUUCCCCUCGCCAGUGGACAGCCAGACCCCGGACACGGGCUGUCCUCCAGACGCGGAUCAGCGACCCCUCCCACCCCACCACGGCAACUCGGGAGACGCCGCAGGACGAGGGGAUGAAGAGGAUGGCAGCGAGUAUGACAUCGAUAUUCGUGUUCUUCAGCCUACUAACGCAAAACCUGCAGAAGGUACAAGCGCGGCCCACCAACCCAGGCGGUGUGGCCAAGGUACGAGUACAGUCACCGGCACAGCAACCUCCACCAGUUCUGCACACGUUUCCAGUGUCGGCGGGGGACCGUAUCGUGACCCGCCGGCAGCGACGGUCACCGACUCCCGACCGCCACCUACUGGUGACCCAGGGAAGCGCGUGAGAAGGAAGAACAGGCCGAGGCGACGUCGGCCGGGAGCAGCAGCAGGCAAUUCUCGCCGUCGGCAUCGGACUGGUGGCUUCCCGCCCUGGUGGCCGGCGUGGUGAAUAAAUGAAGCAUCAUUAGCUGUCAUCAGAUACCCGGUCGCUUCUGAUGUUGGAGGAGGAAGAAGGAAGGGGCAGGAAUGGAAUGCCGAACGUUUUUGAAAACAUAUGCGUUAGCAACAUAGUUGUGUCGUUUGGUCGAUCUUCAGCAAAAAUGCAGUUUAAUAUUGUGUAACCCUGCUUGCAAAAGCAAGCUUUUGGGUACUGGAAUAAUCGCGUUUAGUACGCGUAUUUUUUUGCAAAUAAAGUAUUACAUGUAUUCAGUCACA